AUGCAAGGAACCUUGGCUUGGUUGAAGGAGAUUGAAAGAAUCUUCAGAGUGAUGGAUUGCACUCUUGUGCAAAAGAUCCGUUAUGGAACUCAUAAGCUGUCAGGUGAAGCCGAUGAUUGGUGGGUGGACACUCGUCUAAGAGAAUUUCUGAGGAAGUAUUAUCCAGAAGAUGUGCGAGGAAAGAAAGAGAUUGAAUUCCUCGAGUUGAAGCAAGGGAACUUGUCAGUCACGGAGUAUGCUGCUAAGUUCACUGAAUUGGCUAAGUUCUAUCCUCACUAUGAUGGAGCGAAUGCCGAAUUCUCUAAGUGCAUCAAGUUUGAAAAUGGAUUGCGUCCGGAAAUUAAGAAAGCUGUGGGAUAUCAAAAGAUUCGCGUCUUUGCGGAUCUGAUUGAUAGUUGUAGAAUCUUUGAAGAGGACAACAAUGCACACUAUAAGAUCUUGUCUGAGAAUAGAGGAAGGGGCAAACACAGCCGUGGUAAGCCAUAUGAAACUCCGGUUGGAAAAGGGAAACAGAAAGUGAUUCCGGGUCGAAGAACAAGUGGGGGAGAUGCUUCUGCUAAUGUUAUCUGUUUCAAGUGUGGAAAGCCGGGUCACACGAGUAAUGUGUGUAGGCUUGGUGAAACGAGAUGUUUCUGUGGUGGUAUGCCGGGACAUGCGGCUCGUGAUUGUAAGCAGAAGGAUGUUAUUUGCUUUAACUGUGGGGAAGGAGGACAUAUCAGUGCUAAAUGUCAGAAGCCAAAGAGGGGACAAGAGAGUGGUAAAGUGUUUGCUUUGUCGGGAACUCAGACUAUAAAUGAAGAUGGACUUGUUCGAGGUACUUGUUUCAUUAAUAACAUUCCUUUAAUUACUAUUAUUGAUACCGGUGCCACACACUGUUUUGUUGUUGCGGAUUGUGUUGAAAGAUUGGGUCUUUCUUUGUCUUCCUUGGGUAGAGAUAUGAUUGUUGAGGUUCCCGUUAAGGGAACGGUAUCUUCGUCUCUUGUGUGUAAGAGUUGCCCCUUGUCAAUAUUUGGUAAAGAUUUUGUAGUUGAUCUUGUUUGUUUGCCACUUGUCGGGUUGGAUGUAGUAUUGGGUAUGGACUGGUUGAAAUCCAACUAUGUUCAUAUUAAUUGCUACAACAACACUGUGAGGUUUUCUUCUGCCGAAGAAGAGGGAAGAACAGAAUUGUUAUCCAAGAAACAAUUGAAGGAGUUCAUAGAAGAAGACGCGUUGGUGUUCUUGUUGAUGGCAAGCUUGUCUGUGGAGAGUCAGGCUGUAAUUGCGGACUUGCCAGUGGUGUGCAAUUUCCCUGAAGUUUUUACCGAUGAGAUUCCUAGUGCACCGCCAGAAAGAGAAGUUAGCUUUCUUGGUCAUGUUGUUUCCAGUGACGGAAUUGUGGUUGAUCCAUCGAAGAUUGAUGCGGUGUUGCAAUGGGAAGCUCCUACAUCAGUUACCGAGAUAAGAAGUUUCCUUGAGUUGAAGAAAACGUUGACAACAGCUCCGAUUUUAAUUUUGCCAAAUCCCGAGGAACCGUUUGUGGUUUAUUGCGAUGCUUCGAAGAUGGGAUUAGGAGGUGUGCUUAUGCAGAAUGGUAAAGUGGUUGCUUAUGCUUCUAGACAAUUGAGGAUUCAUGAGAAGAACUACCCUACGCAUGAUUUGGAGCUUGCGGCGGUUGUGUUUGUUUUGAAAAUUUGGAGACAUUACCUUUAUGGAUCUAGAUUUGAAGUCUUUAGUGACCAUAAAAGCUUGAACAUUAGAGAGGCUCAAAAGUUGGAUAUGAAACUUGUUGAUGUGAUCAUUGGACUCGGACAAUCUGAGAAUGAGGAUUUCAAAUUGGAUGCACAAGGUGUGUUGAGGUUUCGUGAUAGGAUUUAUGUUCCCGAUGAUGUGGAUUUAAAAAGGAUGAUCUUGGAAGAAAGCCAUAGGAGUAAUUUGAGUAUUCAUCCCGGAGCGACUAAGAUGUACCAAGAUUUGAAAAGAUUAUUUUGGUGGUCGGGAAUGAAGCGUGAAGUAGCUCAGUUCGUGUAA